GGCCGGCGGCAUAAAGCCCCACGGCCAGCGGAGCCACCGGCAGCACCGGGAGUCAGGACUGGGAGCUCCCUGCCUGUGGUGGUGAGGAGGAGAGGCCACAUCCUGCGCGGGGCUGUGAACCACAGGCAGACAUGGAGCUGGAUGUCCAAAAGGCCAAGGAGCUCAUUGAGCAGAAGCUGGCGGAGGAAGAAGAGAAGCUUCUCAAAGGGGAUGGUGUGCGGGAGCCACUGGCCGUGGAGCGGAUGAGCACACCCGAGCUGGAGGAGGAGAAACGCUGCGGCCCCAGGAACCGGGGCCUCGAGGCUGUUAAGGGCCAGGAGCGGGUGCGGAAGAGCUCGGUGGACCUGCGGCGGGAGAUCAUCGAUGUGGGGAGCAUCCAGCACCUCAUCGAGCUCCGCAAGCAGCGCCGGCAGCGCCGCGAGGAGCGGGCAGCAACCCCCGAGCCACCCCCCCCGCCAGAGCCCCUGGAGAUCGAGGGUCCCGUGGAGCCAGAGACCUUUCUGAGAGCUGCUGUCCAGGGAAAGAUGCAUGUCAUUGAGAAGUUUCUGGCAGAAGGUGGCAACCCCAACACAAGUGACGAGUUCCACCGCACAGCCCUUCACCGCUCGUCGCUGGAGGGACACAUGGACAUCCUACAGAAGCUUCUGGACAGUGGGGCCACUGUUGACUUCAGGGACCGGCUGGACUGCACUGCUGUGCAUUGGGCCUGCCGGGGUGGGCACCUGGAUGCCGUCAAGCUGCUGCAGGACCGUGGGGCAGACCUCAACGUGAAGGACAAGCUGCUCAGCACCCCCCUCCAUGUGGCCACCAGGACUGGGCACCUUGACAUUGUGGAGUACCUCAUCCACUGUGGGGUGGACAUCAACUCCCCAGACAGGGAAGGUGACACGGCACUGCAUGAUGCCACACGGCUCAGCCGCUACAAGAUCAUCAAAUUGCUGAUCCUGCACGGAGCUGACAUGAUGGCCAAGAACCAGGCUGGCAAGACCCCAACGGAUCUAGUGCAGCAGUGGCAGGUGGACACGCGCCAGGCACUAGAGACCAAGGAGCAGCCACAGGUGGAGAUGGAGGUCCCCGCAUGACAGCUCUGGGCAGAGACCCAGGACCAAGCUCAGUUCCAAGGAGCAGGAUCCAGCCGAGACUUGUCCAUGUCAAUAAAA